GUCGGCCGUUUUGUUUUGAUUCCAUCUUUAUUUCGAUUUUCUCUCUGUGCUGUCUUUCUUUUCAGUGUUGCCAUAUUGUAGUGUCCUUUGUUCGUUACUUCUUUUUCUUUUCUCGGUGGCGUCGAAACAAAUAGAACAAAUGUGUAUAUGUGUGAUUUGAGAUUGUGCGUGAUUUAAAAGACUAAAAAAACAAUAAACAAAACCCGACCGCCAACAUAACCUCCAAUUAAUGGUCCAUGGAUAGAAAAGCCAUAUAUGUGUCUCCAGCAACUCGAGAAUAUUUUUCCAGCUGUAUUUAUUUGUACCCUGAUUCCAGGAAAGUAUUUUUUCUUGGAGGACGGAUUCCCUGGCACGGAUAUUGACUCCAAACGCCCCAAAGGCACCGUGCCGUACUAUGUUCAUCUAAAUUGUUUAUGGAAGCCAUUUUAACAAAAAAAUACUAAAAUUAUCCAACGGAAACUACAAAAUGGUUAAAAUAAAGCCAUUAAUUAGCGUAGUCAGAGCGGGUCGUAUAAAAUACCAACAGGGCUUGCAGUUGCAGAAAUUUCUAACUAGUCAACCGAACGAACCAUUUGGGGAAUUUCGAAACUACUUGAUAUUGCAGGAGUUCGAGCCCGUCUAUACGAUUGGAAUUCGAACCAAGGGAUAUACAACAGAAGACGAAGAACGUUUGAAAAAAUUGGGAGCUGAUUUUUAUAAGACAAAUAGAGGUGGCCUUAUAACAUUUCACGGGCCUGGACAACUUGUCGCAUAUCCAUUGCUACAUCUAAAGCAAUUUAAGGCCAGUAUGCGAUGGUAUGUUGCUACACUUGAACAAAUGGUUAUUGAGACCUGCAAGGAAAUGGGCAUUAUGAAUGCAUCAACUACUCAGGAUACUGGUAUAUGGGUAAACGAUCGUAAAAUAUGUGCAAUUGGAGUGCAUGGUUCAAGAUAUGUCACUACACAUGGCAUCGGUUUCAAUUGUUGUACAGAUUUAAAAUGGUUUGAUCACAUUGUUCCAUGUGGUAUUGAAGGAAAAGGGGUUACGUCACUAAGUGAAGAACUAAAGCGAAAUGUAUCAAUAGAGGAAACAUCACAAAAGCUAGUUGAUACUUUUGCCAAAGUCUUUCAAUGUGAUACCAUAGAGUAUACCAAUAGAGAUCUCUUGCAAAGGGCUUUAAGUCCUUAGCUUUAAGGCUACUUACACACAAUUUCCCGAAAUGUAUAUAUGUAAAUGAAACCAAAGUCAACAUUUUAAUAAAGUAUCAUGUUAUAAAUGUU